AUACUCCUAAUUUAUAAUCUCAUUUUAGUUAAGCGGCACGAGUGAGGUUGAAUACCCUGUUUUAAAUGCUAAGGUGCAAGACUAGUCUUGAAUAUUUCACUCCAAAAUGGGCCAGUAUUGUCACUUAAAGUCUUCUACUUGACCUCUCAGCAUAAGGAUCCCUGUGAAAUUAAUUACAAUUAAUUAAUGUUUAGAAUUUAGAAGUGGGUAUAUACCCCAUGCCAAUAUUCAAUAUUCAAAAUUGUUGCUUUGUAUCACGUAAAAGCAGUUUUGGUUAGAUUAUCACAGCUGCUGAGAAAUUAUUCCUGUCUGUUUUGUUUUUGAUGACUGUUGCUGCGAGUUUUUAGUACUGGAAAAGUUGCGCACAUGUCAUGACGUUAUAUAUCCAAAAGGUGUCAGUACAUAAACGUGUCGGUCGUGACUCGUGUAGCCAUAACUUUGCAAAGAAGCUCGAGUUCCUGUCACUGAUAUCAUAACGGUAACGUUAUGGUUAUGAUAAAAACGAGUUUCUGUACUACAUCAUGUCUUCACCAUUAACGGUGAAAUAAUUGCAGUAUAUCAUGGAGGAAGAAACCAAUCUGAUCAAGCCAAGUGUUUGUCAGAUAGAAAAUGAGGAAAUGAAUCUGUUUGGGAAGAGAGACGAGGAGGUUACUGCUUCUAAAAUCAAUCUUUAUGGAGAAAGAGAUGAUGAAAUUGAUCUUCAUCACACCCAGAGACCACCAUCUCCAGUUUUAAGCUUUGUGUCUAUGAAGAGUGACAGAUCAAUGGUUGAACCUCUUAAAUUCAGUGAUGAAGCAGAACCCUUUAACCUCAGAGAGGUAGACAGUGCAGCAUCUCCACAACCAAGCUGUGUGUCAUUAAAGAGCGACAGAUCCAUGGUUGAACCUCUUAAAUUCAGUGUUAAAACCGAAUGCUUGCACCCUAGUAUUUUAGAGAGAGAAAUAGACAGUGCAACAUCCCCACAACCAAGCUGUGUGUCAUUAAAGAGCGACAGAUCCAUGGUUGAACCUCUUAAAUUCAGUGUUAAAGCAGAAUCCUCACACCCCAGUAUUUUAGAGAGAGAGGUAGACAGUGCAGCAUCUCCACAACCAAGCUGUGUGUCAUUAAAGAGCGACAGAUCCAUGGUUGAACCUCUUAAAUUCAGUGUUAAAGCAGAAUCCUCACACCCCAGUAUUUUAGAGAGAGAAAUAGACAGUGCAACAUCCCCACAACCAAGCUGUGUGUCAUUAAAGAGCGACAGAUCCAUGGUUGAACCUCUUAAAUUCUGUGUUAAAGCAGAAUCCUCACACCCCAGUAUUUUAGAGAGGGAGGUAGACAGAGCAGCAUCUCCACAACCAAGCUGUGUGUCAUUAAAGAGCGACAGAUCCAUGGUUGAACCUCUUAAAUUCAGUGUUAAAGCAGAAUCCUCACACCCCAGUAUUUUAGAGAGAGAGGUAGACAGUGCAGCAUCUCCACAACCAAGCUGUGUGUCAUUAAAGAGCGACAGAUCCAUGGUUGAACCUCUUAAAUUCAGUGUUAAAGCAGAAUCCUCACACCCCAGUAUUUUAGAGAGAGAGGUAGACAGGGCAGCAUCUCCACAACCAAGUUGUGUGUCAUUAAAGAGCGAUAGAUCCAUGGUUGAACCUCUUAAAUUCAGUGUUAAAGCAGAAUCCUCACACCCCAGUAUUUUAGAGAGAGAGGUAGACAGUGCAGCAUCUCCACAACCAAGCUGUGUGUCAUUAAAGAGCGACAGAUCCAUGGUUGAACCUCUUAAAUUCUGUGUUAAAGCAGAAUCCUCACACCCCAGUAUUUUAGAGAGAGAGGUAGACAGAGCAGCAUCUCCACAACCAAGCUGUGUGUCAUUAAAGAGCGACAGAUCCAUGGUUGAACCUCUUAAAUUCAGUGUUAAAGCAGAAUCCUCACACCCCAGUAUUUUAGAGAGAGAGGUAGACAGAGCAGCAUCUCCACAACCAAGCUGUGUGUCAUUAAAGAGCGACAGAUCCAUGGUUGAACCUCUUAAAUUCAGUGUUAAAGCAGAAUCCUCACACCCCAGGUGA